AUGGGGUCGGAGCAGCGGCGGCAAGCGGCGUGGUACAAAAAGUCUGAAAAAGUUGGCGUCACCGUUGCCGAUGGCGGCGCGACGAACCAAAGGGCGAGGGGACAGAUGAACUUGGUAUACAAGCGCAUGUUGUUCGAGGCCCUCCUGGAGAAGGUGAGGGAUUCGCACCGGCUCAGCCAUAGAGGGGCGAAAUUCACGUGGAAGACGAGAGCGGUGGACUACAUUACCGAGCAAAAACCCCUGUUCGAGUCCGUCCGCAAGAAGUGGCUGCAGCUGCCUCAAGAAUCGAGGAUGAAGUACAGGUGCGCCAACUACCUGGACAACCCCUUCCCGACGGAUUCCACCGCUCGGUACUGGUUCAACGAAUGCAGGACGGCCUACCACAAACACAGGCAAACGUGCGCCAACUACCUGGACACCCCCUUCCCGACGGAGUCCACCGCUCGGUACUGGUUCAACGAAUGCAGGACGGCCUACCACAAACACAGGCAAACGUGCGCCAACUACCUGGACACCCCCUUCCCGACGGAGUCCACCGCUCGGUACUGGUUCAACGAAUGCAGGACGGCCUACCACAAACACGGGCAAACGUGCGCCAACUACCUGGACACCCCCUUCCCGACGGAGUCCACCGCUCGGUACUGGUUCAACGAAUGCAGGACGGCCUACCACAAACAC